AUGAGGACGGCUUGGAGCUGGCUCAUCUUUUGCCAUUUAACUCUGGCUGACUUGGCCAGUGCUUCCAGGGAUGAUGAAUGCCUGCCUUGUGUACCCCUACACUUGGAUGUUCCAAAGCAUGCCAAAUGGAUUACAAAGGAGAAAUGCUGGAAGCAGGGAGGUCAAGUACAUGGCUAUCACAACAGCUCAGGCCUUUAUGCAGGUAAAAAACCUGGCCUUCCCAAAGUCAUAAAGCCCAGUGACCCCGGGGUUCAAAAAGCAGCCAGGUUUGCAGUUGAAAGGUUUAACAACUGCACAAAUGACCUCUUCUUAUUCAAAGAACUUCACAUUGAUGAAGCCAUGGUGCAGAACUUGGGCUUGCACAGGACACUUACUGUAGACUCCUAUGGACUAGGGCUCCAGGCCUUGCUUUGGGCUUACACAGACCAGGCAUACAGCAAACUGCCUUGUGCUGGUGUUCAGUUCCUCACUACAGACUUGGUCAAGGGCUCUGGGAUGCCCCUUGGGCUCACAUCAGCUAGACACUGUGCUGCCUACUGCUGCUGA